UGUCUUGUGACUUCCAGGGGUGAGUGAGAAAAUGUAGCGGAGUGACAGCUGAGGCGACACCUGCCAGGAGCUUGGUGUGGACACCCCAGCCUAGACGGAGCAUCUGCCCCUGUGUGCCCCUUUGGCCACCCAGCCUCACCAUGUCAAAGAAGGGCGCAGGCAGCCGGGCCAAGGGGGACAAAGUGGAGGCUCUCACUGCACUGCAGGCCGCCAAUGAGGAGCUGCGAGCCAAGCUCACGGACAUCCAGAUCGAGCUGCAGCAAGAGAAGAGCAAGGUCAGCAGACUGGAGCGGGAGAAGAUCCAAGAGCUGAAGCAGGUGCGUGAACACGAGCAGCGCAAGCACGCGGUCCUGGUCACGGAGCUCAAGACCAAGCUGCAUGAGGAGAAGAUGAAGGAGUUGCAGGCUGUGCGUGAGGCACUGCUGCGGCAGCACGAAGCCGAGCUUCUAAGAGUCAUCAAGAUCAAGGACAAUGAGAACCAGCGGCUACAGGCGCUGCUCAACACCUUGCGGGAUGGCGCACCUGAAAAGGUCAAGACAGUGCUUCUGUGUGAGGCCAAGGAGGAGGCCAAGAAGGGGUUCGAGGUGGAGAAGGUCAAAAUGCAGCAAGAGAUCUCAGAGCUCAAGGGGGCCAAAAAGCAGGUGGAGGAGGCGCUGACACAGGUGAUCCAGGCAGACAAGAUCAAGGCUGCAGAAAUCAGGAGCGUGUACCACCUGCACCAGGAGGAGAUCAGCCGAAUCAAGAGGGAGUGCGAGCGAGAGAUCCGCAGGCUGAUGGAGGAGAUAAAAUAUAAAGACAGAGCAGUCUUCGUGCUGGAGAGAGAGUUAGGGGUUCAAGCCGGGCAUGCCCAGAAACUGCAGCUCCAGAAAGAGGCUCUAGAUGAGCAGCUUUCCCAGGCCAGAGAGGCUGAGCGGCACCCAGGCAGCCCCAGACGGGAACUUCCUUAUGCAAGCGGUGCAGGAGAUGCCUCAGACCACUCAGGAAGCCCUGAACAGCAGUUGGAUGAAAAAGAUGCCCGGCGCUUCCAACUUAAAAUUGCAGAGUUAAGUGCUAUCAUUCGUAAACUGGAGGACCGCAAUGCCUUGCUGUCAGAAGAAAGGAAUGAGCUGUUAAAGCGUUUAAGAGAAGCUGAAAGUCAGUACAAGCCAUUACUGGAUAAAAACAAACGCCUUACUCGGAAAAAUGAAGAUUUGUCUCACACAUUACGGCGAAUAGAAAGCAAGUUGAAAUUUGUCACCCAGGAGAACAUGGAAAUGGCACAACGGAACGACCCCAGCUCUACCGUCCAGCCAGACCACGUUCCUGCCACUUGUGACACAGCCCACUUGGUGUUUCAGAGGCAGAGAGCCGGGAUCAUCCGGAGACCCAGCUCCCUAAACGACCUUGAUCAAAGUCAGGAUGAGAGGGAGGUGGACUUCCUGAAGCUUCAAAUUGUAGAGCAGCAGAGCCUCAUUGAUGAGCUCUCCAAGACCCUUGAAACUGCCGGCUAUGUAAAGAGCGUGUUAGAGCGUGAUAAGCUUUUAAGGUAUCGGAAACAAAGAAAGAAAAUGACGAAACUCCCCAAGAAGCCGGUUGUCGUGGAGACUUUCUUUGGAUAUGAUGAAGAUGGUUCUUCCGAUGGUUCUUCCAUCUCUUAUCAAACUGACAGGACAGACCAGACCCCUUGCACCCCGGAUGAUGACCUGGAGGAGGGCAUGGCCAAGGAGGAGACGGAGCUGCGGUUCCGCCAGCUGACCAUGGAGUACCAGGCACUGCAGCGAGCCUAUGCCCUGCUGCAGGAGCAGGUUGGAGGAACCCUGGAUGCAGAGCGAGAAGUUAAGACCCGUGAGCAGCUGCAAGCAGAGGUGCAGAGAGCGCAGACACGGGUAGAAGACCUGGAGAAGGCACUGGCGGAGCAGGGGCAGGAUAUGAAAUGGAUUGAAGAGAAACAAGCAUUGUACCGAAGAAAUCAAGAGCUUGUAGAAAAGAUAAAACAAAUGGAGAUGGAGGAGGCCCGGCUAAAGCAUGAUGUCCAGGACGCAAAGGACCAGAAUGAACUGCUGGAGUUCAGGAUCCUGGAGCUCGAGGAGAGGGAGAGGAAGUCACCUGCUAUCAACUUCCACCACACGCCCUUCGUGGAUGGGAAGAGCCCCCUCCAGGUGUACUGUGAGGCUGAAGGCGUGACGGACAUCCUGGUUUCAGAGCUGAUGAAGAAGCUGGACAUCCUGGGGGAUAACGCCGUAAGUAAUCUGACUAAUGAAGAACAAGUGGUUGUCAUACAAGCCAGGACAGUAUUGACCUUGGCAGAGAAGUGGCUCCAACGGAUUGAAGAGACUGAGUCAGCGCUGCAUCGGAAGAUGCUGGAUCUGGAGAGUGAGAAGGAGCUUUUCAGUAAACAGAAGGGCUACCUGGAUGAGGAGCUGGACUAUAGGAAGCAGGCCUUAGACCAGGCCCACAAGCACAUCCUGGAGCUAGAAGCCAUGCUGUAUGAUGCCCUGCAGCAAGAGGCUGGGGCUAAAGUGGCAGAGCUGCUGUCAGAAGAGGAGCGCGAGAAGCUCAAGGUGGCUGUGGAACAGUGGAAGCGCCAGGUCAUGAGUGAGCUGCGGGAGCGGGACUCACAGAUCCUGCGGGAGCGCAUGGAGCUGCUGCACCUAGCACAGCAGAGAAUUAAAGAGUUAGAAGAAAGAAUAGAAGCUCAGAAGAGGCAAAUUAAAGAACUGGAAGAAAAGCUUUCAUUCUCUGGUCAUAGCUGGUCUUGGCACUCCGAUGUGCCUCCCAUGGAGUCAUACCCCUAUCCUCCAGUCGGACCAGAGAGCAGUGGAUGCUGGCAACCAAGUGGGACAUUGCGUCUCAUCCCUGAAGACCCCAAAGAGUUUGAACAUUGUGCAGCUUUCCUGUGCAGGAUAAGGGGGAAAGCAGAGCUUUGAGUGGGCGCCUCUGUCUACUCGGGAUGAGCCAGAAUCAGAACUAGCUUUGCUGGCUGGGGCUUCUCUGAGAGAGGCCUGGCCUUGGCUGCUAGUCCCUCUUCUCGUAAGGCGGCCUCCAUCCCAGUCAUGGGGAUGUGUAAUGUUCCCUGCCAAGCAGGGGUAAGAACUGCUCCGGUGCAGGAGCAAGCUCUCCCCGCCAGUUACCAUAGUAACUGCCCAUGUCCUCGGAGGAAGAGCUUUAGAAAGGACACAGGCUCAUCCCCAAUGACAAAAUGAAGACUGUGACUUCAGUGGCAACCUCCAUUCAGGGCAGUCAGGAGGGUUCAUUGGGGACAGCCUCAGGAGGGCUUUCUGUGACACCCUCCGUGCACAGUGAUGCCGUGACUUGUUCGCUGGGGUCCCGAACACUCACUGGUGGACAAAUGUCACACCCGCCCUUGUUCUUUUAUAUCUCAGUGGGGAUAGAGGAGAGCUUUGGCUACUGCUGACCUCUUCACCCCACCUCGAGACAUGAAGGCCAAAAUCUGGCCCCAAACCACUGGCCAGGAGCACAGUGGUACCAGAGGAGGGACGAGGAGUAUGCUAACGUGAUGUGAGAUGAGGCUGCAGAGCCCACCCACCGAAGGAAGCCUGAUGCCAGAGAACAUGGAUGUGGCCACACAGCCUAGAAACCAUAGAUGUCCUGAGCACCUAGUACUACCCAGCCUGGAAGCCCCUCAGCAGGCCAGCUGGGCCUGGUGCCUGCAGAUGGCCGGGGGUGCCCAAAGAUGGCCUCACCCAGAGCUUUUGCACACAAGGAGCAGGGCCCAGGUGAGGAUACACAAAGUGCCUGUGGUUCCACGGAUACAAGAAGGGAGCCCGGAGUCCAGUGGCCCACAGAGAGAAAACAAUGCAUCAAUGAAGGCAGUUUUAAGUGUGACUUGCAUCUCUGCUGGAUGAUCCAGUCCACAACCCAGGAGAGCUUUCCUGCGUUUGGAUGAUCCUGACUCCGUGGCUGAAGGAUUCCUCUGUCAUCAUCACAUCCUUGGUGGUCUAAGGUUUUUGCCCUCAGUGGUGCAGAAGAGCAUGUGCCCGUGCACAUGUGUUCAUGUAUAUCCUCACUCAAACCAGAGAACAACAAAAAAUGAGCCCCUUUGAGGCACCUAGAAGUCGAUGCACUAGGUAUGCCAUAUGCAUCCAAGUGUGAGUGUAACCUGUAGCAUUGCAUUAAAAAAAAAACAAAAAACAAAAAAAUAGUAGCUGGAAGGAGGAAUGAUUGUGUUGUCUGGAAGUAUUAAGUUCAUUUUAUAUUUGUGCCAGAAGAAAUGUUCCACUCUGGUGCAGAUUUGGUGGACCAGGCAUGGUUUCCUAGGUUAAAAUCUGGGGAAUGUUUAUAGGAUCAGACAGAUAAUGCUUUUUCUUUGAUGGGUGCAGAAUUUCUGUUGGGAAAUGCACUAUAAAUCGCACUUGUCCAAAAAAGGACCUGUCCUUUCUUUUGUAUUUGAACCACAGUCCCUGAUUCACUUGGAUAAGGCACUGGUCCAUUUCAUUGCCUCUCUAGUCAAGCCUGAUGUUGAGAUUUGUCUCAAGUCUGAAAUCCUGUAUAUUCCUCCAUGCAUAGUUUUGUUUGGUUUUAAUGGCUGCAUCCUCUUGGAAGAUGUAUUGUACCUAGAACUAAAUGGCAAACAAUAACAUGCAUUAAUAAGCACUGCCACAGAGCUAUAAAUGAACCAUUAGGUUAAAGUCUGAUGGACUCUGCAAUGCAGACAUCCAAGAAACAUGUUAAAACUCCAUGUGGUCCCCUGAGAGCCUAUAUCCCCUGGGAAAAGCUCCUGGCUGGGCUUCAGUGUGAACCUGCAAGAGAAAAAUCAGCCAAUUAGCAUCUAAAGGUGUGCUUUGAGAUGCACCCAAAUUCACAUCCUUCUGGUUUAGUUGGAUUAUCGUGAUUUUGCAUGUUGUAUGUGUCUGGAGUACCACAUAUAUCUUCCCAUCCACCCCAGACACACUAAAUCACAGUUCUGUAAUAUAAAAGAAGAUAAACUAUACAGGAAAGAGAAGUGUGUAAAUAUGUACCAAUGCUUAUGAAGUUGUUAUGUUCAUAUGUAAAAAGUUUGUACAUAGGAAAGGAAAAUGGCCCUAUGAAUGUUUUAAAUAAUAUCCUGUGAAUCAAACUGCAUUUUAUACCCCUGCCACAUACCUGAAAGCACACAUUUAGUUGGAAUGCCAUUCCUCUUUUUAGGUAUCAUUGUUUUCAUUCAUAUGUCAUGGCACUUUCUUUUCAUCUAAUUACAAAAUCAGCACUGGGCUUUGGACAAAAAAAUCAAAUAUAAGCAUUUAGCACUCAUUCUUGCUGACCAGUGAGCAUCUGAAGAGUUCAAGUGUUUUAAAAAUAAGGUGCAUUUUCUAAAUCCCAGACUGUACCUUCUUUUAUUCACAUGUGGGUUAGACUGAAUUUCCUUGAACAUUUGGCUGUUCCUGCUAGCUCUUCAAACAGGGAAAUCCUGUUUAAAGGCACCACCCUGAGGAAGCAAGAGGAGGGACACUGAAAUGUGGCCAGGAACACUUCCUGUGUAACGGAGACGUAAGCAUCUGUACACCAUAGGACAUGGUCACACUGUGUGCACAAUGCAUAGAACAACAUAAAUGUUUUAGUUUGUCUAAACUAGAAAUCCAUGUAAAAUACAGAUUUCUUUGUGGACACCAUGCGGUAUUUACCUUGUUUCCAUGGUUGAGUUCCAGUUGUUGAAGGCCUAUGGCUGUGACUUAAGGUCUCUGCCCUUGCAGAAUCUGUAGCCUUCAGGAAACCUGAGUGCCUUAUGUGGCUUGUGAACACCAACUGGGAGUCAGGAGGGGCUGGUGCAACACUGGCUUUAAGGCAUUGAUAGUUCAUCAGCACUUGCCAUCACUCCAUCACUGAAAUCUUGAGAUGGGUAGUGUGUUUUUACGAAGUAAUGGAUUUAAGUUUAGGCUCAGGAAAAUCAUAUUGUGACUAUAUGUAUCAAAGCAUAUAUUUGUUUACUGUAUAUUUUUAAAAGCUAUAUUGUAAAUUUAUGCAAAAAUUAACAGGAUUUGUUUUCUUAUGGCAACGUGCCAGGCAGUAUUUGUGUUCUCUGAGGCAGUUCCUUAAUUACCACGUUCUAAACAUGUGAUAGUCUGUUCAGUACUAAACAAUAUUCACAGGCUACACUAGGUUUGUAUGGUGACCCACUACAAAAUUUUACACAUAUUUUUGUAUUGUGAUUCCUAUGAUAUACCAGAGAAUUUUUACUUAUUUGUAAAUUAUUGUACAGUUUUAAUAAAAAUUGUUUUAAAAGCG